UUGGAGCAGAGCCCGCGCCCCGGAGCCGCUGGUGGCUCGGAGACCCGCGCCCCGGGGAGAAGCUCCGGAGAGCGCGGUGUGGUGGGGCCGGAGACCGCCGACGAAGUGCGCACGGCCGGCCCCGCGAGGCGAGGAGCAGCAGGUGCAGCGGCGGCCGGCGGGUCACAUGGCUGCGUGACCGCGGAGUAUGCGGCUGUCCCCUUGCCCCGGGCGGCGUGCGGGCGAUGGAGCGCGCCGUGGAGCCGUGGGGCUCAGAUCUCCAUGGUCCGGAGCGGAGGGAGCCGCUGGGAGGCGCCCGCACAGGUCUAGGAAGUGAGAAUGUGGAGAUUUCUCAGCCCAGUGAGUUUGAACAAACCCCACCGGAUGAGGAUGACUUGGGGUUCAAGGAGGAGGAAGAUCUGGCCCCAGGUCACGAAGUAGGAAGUGGUUCUCUCAAACCUGAAGGCAUCCAGACCUGGGAUGACUUAUGGGUCCAGAGAGAGGGGCUGGGAAAGCCUCAGCCACGGGACCGAGGGCCCCGGGUCCUGGGAGAACCUCGCUGGGGCCAGGCCAGCACUGACCGGACUGCAGUGUGCGGGGAGUGUGGCAAGAGCUUCCGGCAGAUGUCAGACCUGGCGAAACACCAGCGGACACACACCGGGGAGAAGCCCUACAAGUGUGGGGUUUGUGGCAAGGGCUUCGGGGAUAGCUCAGCCCGCAUUAAACACCAGCGAACUCACAGUGGGGAGAAGCCCUACAGAGCCCGGCCACCAGCCCAGGGGCCCCCAAAGAUUCCUCGACCCCGGAUCCCUGCUGGUGAACGCCCCACUAUCUGUGGCGAAUGUGGCAAGAGCUUCCGGCAGAGUUCUGACCUGGUGAAACACCAGCGGACACACACCGGGGAGAAGCCCUACAAAUGCGGCAUCUGUGGCAAGGGCUUCGGCGACAGUUCUGCCCGCAUAAAGCACCAACGGACACACCGAGGGGAGCAGCCUCCCCGGCCAGUGGUGCCCCGAAGGCAGCCCUCUCGGGCAGCCACAGCGACUGCCCAGGCACCCAAGGCCCAGGACAAGCCAUACAUCUGCACUGAUUGUGGCAAAAGGUUUGUGCUCAGCUGCAGCCUCCUGAGCCACCAGCGCAGUCACCUCGGGCCCAAACCCUUUGGCUGUGACGUGUGUGGGAAGGAGUUUGCCCGGGGCUCUGACCUGGUGAAGCACCUGCGGGUGCACACCGGGGAGAAGCCCUACCUGUGUCCUGAGUGCGGCAAGGGCUUCGCCGACAGCUCCGCCCGGGUCAAGCACCUGCGCACCCACAGUGGGCAGCGGCCACAUGCCUGCCCCGAGUGCGACCGAACCUUCAGCCUCAGCUCCACCCUUCUCCGCCACCGGCUCACCCACAUGGAGUCCCAGGCCUUCAGCUUCCCCAGCCACCCUGUCACCCUCCUGAUCCCCAGCCCACCGCCACCUCCUCUUGCCACCAGCCCCCCACUGACCCCUCGGAGCCCUUCACGCUCGGGAGACGGGCCUUUUGGCCUGCCUGGCUUGGAGCCAGAGCCUGGGGGCCCACAGGCCGGUGAGCCCCCCCCUCCACUGAUGGCCGGAGACAAGCCCCACAAGUGUCCUGAGUGUGGCAAGGGCUUCCGCCGCAGCUCUGACCUGGUGAAGCACCACCGUGUGCACACUGGGGAGAAGCCCUACCUCUGCCCUGAGUGUGGCAAGGGCUUCGCCGACAGCUCCGCCCGGGUCAAGCACCUGCGCACUCACCGCGGUGAACGUGCUCGGCCGCCACCACCUUCUCUCCUGCGGCCACACAACCCCCCUGGUCUGGUACCCACGGCCCCUCGGCCCCUAGUGCGAGCCCAGCCCUCUGGACCCAGCCAGCCCCACACGUGUGGCUUCUGUGGGAAGGAGUUCCCCCGCAGCUCAGACCUGGCCAAACACAGGCGCACACACACCGGGGAGAAGCCAUACAAGUGUGCAGAGUGUGGCAAGGGCUUUGGCGACAGCUCUGCCCGUAUCAAGCACCAGCGUGGGCACCUGGUCCUGAGGCCCUCUGGGAUAGGAGAUGGUCAGGCAAGGGCCCGCAAGGAGGAGCCACCAGCAGGACUGGAAUGAUGGGGUUCCGGGGGCAGAGGCCCACGAGACCAAAGGGAGAUCUGCUGGCCAAGCAGAAAAGAAAGGGCUUGGGAGUGGUGGGGGGAGGAGGAGGGGAAGAAGCAUGGAGAGAGGAGUGACUGGAUAGAAAUAGACCAGAGACCACACCCCACACUCAGAAAACCAUCCUGGCUAGGGGUCAGGGCCUUGCUGCUGUAGGCUGAAUCCCUAGCUUCAGAACAUGGCCUGGCACACAGUAGACACUCAAUAAAUACUUGUUGACAGAAACUGCCCUUAGCCUGAGGACCCUUAAAAUACUAUAUUCGUAAAAAAAAAAAAAAAUACUAUAUUCCUGUUACCUCUUAUUAAGAACUGACCCGCUGGGUGCACUGGUGGACAUAUGUAAUCCCAGCACUUGGGAGGCUGAGGCGGGAGGAUUGCUUCAAGUUCAAGGCCACCCUGGGCUAUAUAGCAAGACUCUGUCUCAGAAAGGCAAAACAAAACAAAAACCUGAACCCUUGGUGAGGGGGAUGGCUCACAUCUGAAAUCCCAGCUACUCAAGAGGCUGAAGCAGGAAUAUGUUUAAGGCCAGCCUGGGCAACUUCCUGUCUCAGAAAGGGCUAGGAUGUAGCUCAGUGUUCUCUGGGUUCAAUCCUCAGUACAGAGAAGAAAAAAGACUUCCAACCCUGCCCCAGAGACCAGGGUUGGACCUGAUAGUUGCAGCAAAGGAAUUUGUGGAAUCUGAGGUGUCAAAAUGAGGGCAGGGUGUCUUGAUCACAGUGGGGGAGGUGGAGUGGACAGUCCCAUUCAACCUCCAUCCGCAGGUCGUAAUCUCAGCCGCUGGCGGACAGCGGCACAGACCCACUGACUGCCCCCGGGGAGCAGAACUAGAAGCCCCGUUUCCAUGCGUCUCCUUACUAAUAAACGGUUUCUUGUUUCAAGUUUGAAUUCUG